AGUGGGAGGGACUUUAAACCACGUGACCGGAAGUAGGCCUCCUUCUCUUUUUCGCCAACAUGUCUGCCUCCAACGAAAACACGUUAGCCGAGGAAGAAGAAGGCAUGGAGGAGCAAGCGCAAGACGGCAGCGACGACGACGACGAAGGAGUCGACAUGGAGGAGGACGAAGGAGCGGACGGAGACGGUGACAAGAAGGUGUACGUGCCCGGAAUCGAGCCGCUUAAGCCGGGAGAGGAGCUGGAGAUGGACCAGUCUGCGUACCGCAUGUACCACGAGUGCCAAACAGGCGCGCCAUGUUUGAGCUUUGACAUCGUGGCGGACACCGACGGAGACGGCCGAAAGGAGUUCCCUCUGUCCAUGUUGUUGUGUGCUGGAACACAGGCUGACACCGCCAUGGCCAACAGACUGCUGGUCAUGCGCAUGCACAAUCUUCACGGAACAGAAAAAGAAAAGGAGGAAGAGGAGGAAAGCAGUGAUGAAGAAAGUGAUGACGAGGAAGAGGAUGAUGAAAAUAAAAAGCCGCAGUUAGAACUGGCCAUGAUGCCUCAUUUUGGAGGCAUUAACAGAGUCCGAGUGACCCAACGUGGAAACCAGACACUAGCCGCCGUCUGGUCCGAGAAGGCAAAGGUAGAAAUAUUUGAUCUGCGUGCUCAGCUGGAGGCAGUUCAUAGUUCUGCGGCCAUGGCGACGUUCAUGCAGCAGCAGAAGGAAGCAUCAGCGCUCUUCAGCUUCUCAGGUCACAUGACUGAAGGCUUUGCCAUUGACUGGUCACCUAUGGUGCCUGGUCGUCUAGUCAGUGGCGACUGUAAGAAAAACAUCCACGUAUGGGAACCGCAAGAAGGUGGAGCCUCAUGGCGGAUUGACCAGCGGCCGUUCAGCUCGCACAGCAAGUCCGUGGAGGACCUGCAGUGGUCGCCGACUGAAGCAACGGUUUUUGCAUCAUGCUCAGUGGAUCAGUCCAUCCGUGUUUGGGAUAUCAGGGCCCCGCCCAACUCCAUGCUGUCGGCCAACGAAGCCCACGAGUCAGACAUCAACGUCAUCAGCUGGAACAGAACUGAGCCGUUCCUUCUUUCUGGAGGGGAUGACGGGCUUCUCAAAGUGUGGGACCUGCGGCAGUUUAAGUCUGGGCGACCAGUGGCCAACUUCAAACAGCACUGUGCCCCCAUCACUUCGGUGGAGUGGAACCCAGUGGACUCGAGCGUUUUCGGUGCAUCCGGAGCUGACGAUGUGGUCAGCCAGUGGGAUCUGUCGGUGGAAUCGUGCGACGUGGGCGCCAGGGUGGAAGGCAUGAAAGACCUCCCCCCGCAGCUGCUAUUCCUGCACCAGGGCCAGUCGGAAAUCAAGGAGAUACACUGGCACCCGCAGAUCCCCGGCGUCAUGAUUUCCACGGCACUGUCAGGAUUUAACGUGUUCAGGACGAUAUCAGUGUAGCCAUUUGUGUGACUAUGUUACAGGGCUAUUGAUCGCGAUUGACAUCAAAUCCACUUUGACUGGGAGAAGCUGGCAGCGAAUGAUCACUGCCAACCCUCCCUGUCAAAAUGGAUUGGACGUCUAUUGCUGUCAAUGAGUUCAUCGUGAAGCCAUUCAGAAUGAACUGAGAUGAAACAUUUAAGAAAAUGCCCAGAAAAGUAUGACCUGGAAGUGUGACAAUAUUUACGAACAGGUAAGAUAGUUUUUUUGCAAUCACUGGGAGGCAUCCGGACAUCUUGUUUAAUAUUAUGAAAUCUUCAAUCAUGGACGACGUGCCAAUUUAAAGUCUGCUUUUCUAUCAUAACUCUAGUUUGUUUGUUUUUUAAGAAUUGCUGCAUGCUUAAAAUAAACAAUUCUGUGUGAAGUUGAACAAUACAAAACAAGGCUUGCACCAAUUUAAAAUCCCAAAAUUUUGUUUUAUUUCACUGUAAACCACAGGACAUUAAAUGCCAGCCAGUUCCAUGGAUAAACAUGUCAUUCUCCAUUUUACAGCAUUAAGAGAUAUUUUUAAAAAAGUAUUUGAUUGUCUCAGCAUUUAUCCCAUUUUUUUCCAGCCCUGCAGCCCUAAAGGGAAAAAAGCUUUGGUAGUGUAUGAAAACAUGCACACAAAAAAUAACUACACUCUGCAAUUAGAUCUAACGAGAUCAGAUCCAGAGAAACUCACAUUGUCAAAAGAUGGAAUGUUGCACGACGACGUUCGAAAUGAAUGACAAACAUGAAGACAUAAACAUGCAGAAAACGAAAGAAAAAGACAAAGACAACACAAACUACAAUACUUGCUCGAUUUAAGGCACUUAAAAACAUGGCACAUUUGGUAAAGGAUGAAUAAAAUUGAGAUUAAAAAGC